AUGAGAGGUAUUCAUCUUACAGUAUUUUUUAUUUUUGUGGGAAUAAGCCCCGUUACUCUAGUGGAUCCUAGUUGUAAAGGUAAAUUAAAUACAAAUGAAAUAUUACGCGAAGAACCACGUCUUGUUAGUUCGAUCUUGAAUGGAAAACGUUUUGUUGUUGGACACAAUUUUGAUACAAUUAAUAUUGUUCAUGUCUAUGGUGGUACACCAUAUGAUAUGGGCUACGCAUUUGGAAAACUGAUGAGUGAAGAUCUACAACAGCUUGUUCCAGAGUAUUUUGCUUAUUUGGAGAAUAAGAUCGAAGACUUGAUUAAACAAGUACCACCUCUUAUUGCGAAAUGGCUUGCUGAAUUUGGUUUGCGUGGUGCUCUUGAUCUUAAUUAUGAUAUAACUCGUCAAUAUACACCACCUUGGUACGAUGAAGAACUUCAAGGUCUUGCUGCUGGUAGUGGCAUAUCAUAUAAAGAUAUACGUCGACUUAAUCUAAUUCCAGAAUUGAUCAAAGCUGCUUGUAGUGUAUUGGGAGCUUGGGGCGAAUCUACUGCAUCAUCCACAACAUUACUUCAUCUUCGUUCACUAGAUUGGGACGAAAAAGCACCAAUUGCUAAAUAUGCAACAGUAACUGUCUAUCAUCCUAAUGCAUCAUAUGCCGGCUAUGCUGACCAUUUUCAUGAGUAUUAUAAACAAAAAUACACGACAUCACAUACGUUUGCUAAUUUUGGUUAUGCUGGUCUUGUUGGAUCUAUAGGAGCGUACAAUGAAGUUUCUGUUGGUCUAGGACAGAAAGUUUGGAUUACUACAGAACAAGAUAUAACUUCACGUUUGGGUAACCCAUGGACAUAUGUUCUUCGAGAUGUAAUUCAAUUUUCAAAUUCACUUGAUACUGCUUUAAGUAUGCUUAUAAAUACACAUCGAACUUGUUCAGUUCAUCUUGGUCUUGGAGAAUUCCAUCGAAAUUCUUCGAUUAAUGAUAAUAAUAGUGUUGGAUUUCUUGGUAUUGAAUAUAGUGCUAAAGAAUUUAAUGCCUAUUCUUGGGAAGAUAUGUACAAUACGCCGAAUCAUCCAAUAUUGAAAGAUAUUGUUUAUUGGGAUCCACAUCCACAACCAUCAAAUCAUCCAUGUUUUGGUAGUUUAUUAAUUGAUCAUUAUAGUCAUCUUGACGCAGCAACUAUUAUACGAAAUAUAACUAGUUUAUUGGAAACAGGCAAUACAUUAAAUUUAAUUCUUGAUUAUGGUGACAAUGCAGCUUAUCUUGCGUAUAGUGCACCUGAUGAUCCACAAGGACCAAUAGAAGCAUUUAAUCGAGUUCAUACUCGGAUUGAUAUGACAAAAUUAUUUGCUGAACCUGCACCUCAUUCAGAAGAUUUCGCUUAA